CCCGCCGCCGCCGGGGCGGUCCGCAACCAGGGCUACACAGCACCCGUAACUGCUGCCGCCGACGAUGACAGCCGGUCUCCCGGCCAGGUUCCAAUGAUGGCGGGCAGCCCCGGAAGCCCUGGCGCUGUCGACCCAAAGAAGGGGAUCAAGCGGACCCCCUUGAGGUCCAGCAUCGCGUGCCAACGCUGCCGGAAAUCCAAGAUCAAGUGCAACAACACCGGCGGCGACCAGCCCUGCGAGACGUGUAUCCGCAAUGGCAAGGAAUGCACGUACCCGGAGGUCACCCCGGCCCCGCCGAAGCGGUCCGAGCCGCCCGCCGGAAUCAAGAUGGAGCAGGGCUCGGAGCGGAAGCGUCUGCGGAGGAUCGAAGACAUCGUCAAGAUGGAGGGCGCCGUUUCGCCUGCCGUCGUCGCCGAGGACGUGCUCUCGGCCCCGUACCUGACCGAGACGGUCUGGAGCCAGCUGUUCGACAUCUACCGGCUGCACUUCGCCACCGAGCUGCCGUUCCUACACCUGGCUACCCUGAAGGAGAAGCUCGGCAGCAGGUUCAGGGCGAAGCCCUCCGACACCUCGCCCGAGAUCAACCUGGUACUGCUCGGCAUCCUGACGCUGACCGCACGGUUCCACAGCACGCUAGUUUCCUACAUCACAGCCCCGAAGAACACUCCCACCACGUCGGGUGCGCCCAAGGCCCGGCCGGCUGGCCCCGCUUCGGAUGCCUCGAGCGCGUCCGAGUACUACGCCGAUGUCCUUACUAAGGCCCUGGGCGGCCUGCGGACGAGCAUGACGGUGGCCUCGGUGGAGAGGGUGCAAGCGUUCCUGAUGUUGGGCCUCUACGAGUGGAGCCAGGCUCGGCCCAGGGUCGGAGGGAUGGCAGCCUGGAUGUACGUGGGAGUCGCCAUCCGGAUGGCCCAGGCAUUGGGGCUGGGCGACGGCGACAGAGAGACCGGCAAGGUCUUCCGGCCACGGCCCAUCAAGCCGGCCCCGCAGACCAUGCCACCAGGACAGCGGCUGAUCGCCAAAGAGAUAAGGAGACGCACCAUGUUCAGCUGUCUGAUCCUGGACCGUCUGCUGGGCUGCGGCAAGGACCGGGUCUCGACCAUCCGGUCCGAGGAUUUGCGGAUCCAACUGCCAUGCUCCGAAGUCUCGUUCGACCUCUCGGAGGAGGUGUACACGGGUUUCCUGAAGCCGCUGCCCGGGGAAGGAGCUGGUCGCCGCGUUUCCGAUAGUGUUCUCGGCCGCUUCGUCCGUCUUGUCGACCUUUGGGGUGAGAUUUCCAAGUGGAGCUUCGCGGGCGGCCGCUUCACGGAGCAGCACCCUCCAUGGUCGCCCCAGUCGACCUUUUACCAGCUGCGCGAGAAGCUGGAGGCGUUCUACGCAGAUCUACCGGACCACUUCAGGUGGUCGGACAGCAACUACUACAAGCACGAGAACCACCAGGCGAGCAGCGUGUACGUGUCGCUGCACAUGCUCGGCGCCGUGUGCAGGAUCAUGCUCCACCGGGAAUACAUACCCUUCAUUCCUAUCCUCUGCGACAAGCCGGUCGGCCCUCUCGACGAGCCCACGUUCCCGGCCGGUCAGGAGCCGCCGGGGUUUUGGGAAGACAGCGCCGAGCAGAUCUUCCUCGCCGCCAGGGAGAUCGUCGAUCUCACCGAGAUAUGCCGCGACAAGCUGCCCAUGUCGUCGCUCGUGCUCUUUGCCGUCUGGACCGCCGCGUUCGUGGGCAUCUAUGCGGUGCACUUCCCGCACAUCGACACCAAAGGCCAUAUGCUUCCGAAGCAGGAACUGGCUGCUGGAGAGUUGGACGUGACCAAGCACGGCCCGACGGGACUGACGUACAAGAUGCUGACGCACAUGUCCGUCUGGCUCAAGCUGGCCGAGACGUACGUCACCUACUUCCGCGAGAUGGCGUGCUACUACGACACGGUGAAGCAGGACUACGAGAGGCACAUCGGCCGGCGACCUCCCGCCAGCACCACGGGCGAAGGGAGGCUCAGCUUGCGCAUGGGCGGCGGCGGGCUCGAGGAGUGGAAGCAGCAGGCCUUCAAGGUGGUCAACAACGGCGAGAUCCUGGCCGGGGACGAAGAGAAGAGCUCCUCGCGCGACAGCACCGCCGAGCCGGGGUCCUCCGUCGGCGGGCCCGACAGCAGCCACCCGACCGACCACGCCAAGACGCCGCGGUCCACGUCCCUGUCCUUCACGCCUAUCAACAGCGCCCCGCCGCACCCAAGCCAUCCCGACUCCGCCUCCGAGGCGGCGGCCGAGGCGGCGGCCUCCACCCUCUGGCGCUUCCAGCAACAACAGCAACCUCAACAACAACAACAACAACAACACCAACAGCACUCCCCCUCGCAAUCCUCCGACACCAUGCCGUCCCCACAGAUGCAGCAGCAGCAGCAGCAGCAACAGCAACAGCAGCAGCAAGCGCACCCGGCCGCGAGCGCGGGCGCCAGCGUCAUGCCCAUCUUGCCGGCGUACGCGCAGGGCGACGUGGCCGAGUACCUCGAGCAGAACCAGUCGCUGCCGUGGGCCCAGGUGCCCGGCGGCGUCGACCAGUUCGCCCACGGCGCCGACAUGAUGGGGCCGCCCGACACCGGCAACCUCUUCUGGGGCGGCAUGUCGGACGUGUGGACGGUGGUCCCGCAGGUCGGCGGCGGCGGCGGCGUGCAGCAGCAGGUCGGCGGCGGGGUGCCCGUGCCCGUGGGCGUGCAGGUGCAGCAUGUCGGGGGGUAUUCUUACUAGGUAACGAGGGGAGUUGCUACUAGGUAGGGAGGGGAGUUGUUACUAAGUAGGGAGGGGAGUUGUUGGUUGGUUGGGGUGGGGAACUCGGUUGACAGGGCUUUGGGGCGAAGGGCGAAGGAGGGAUGUUGUGAAACUUGGAAGGUUCGGCUUCUUCUUUUUCUUUCAUUCUUGCUUUGGUCGAUUGCCCUGCCUACGUUACCAUUCAGAGAGCACCUGUUGAGAGAGG